AUGAGGUUUCUGAUGGACCUCAACACUUGGGGGCACACAGCAAAUGGGACAAGUGUGGAAGAAUUUAUCCUUCUUGGCUUCCCAGGCACAUGGCAUUCCCGGGUCUCCCUUGUGAUGGUAUUCGCACUGACAUACUCCAUGACAGUAAUAGGCAAUGCAUCCAUCAUAGCCCUCGUGUGGACAAACAGGAACCUCCAUACCCCAAUGUACUUUUUCCUCUGUAACCUCUCCUUUCUGGAGAUCUGGUACACUACGGGUAUUGUUCCCAAAGCCAUUGGAGUCAUGCUGGGGACUAGCCAGACCAUCUCCUUCAGUGUCUGCAUCCUCCAAUUGUUCUUUCUUCUCUCCCUAGGCUCCACUGAGUGUUUUCUCUUGUCUGUCAUGGCCUAUGACCGCUACUUAGCCAUAUGCUACCCCUUGAGAUACAGCUCCCUCAUGAACAGCGUCAUCUCUGCUCGGCUGGCACUCAGCUCCUGGCUGGGAGGCUUCCUGGCCAUCUCACUGCUGGCCUUUCUGACAUCCAGGCUGACAUUCUGCGGGCCAGACAUCAUCAACCAUUAUUAUUGUGAUAUAGAUUCCUGCCUUGCCCUCUCCUGUAGUGACAGGUGGCCUGUGGAGCUGGCAACCUUCCUUGUCUCCAUAAUUGUCGUGCUGGCCUCCUGUGUGGUCACCCUGGUCUCCUACAUAUACAUCAUCUAUUCCAUCCUCAGGAUCCAGUCAGCCCAUGGCCGGAAAAAGGCCUUUUCCACUUGCUCUGCCCAUCUCAGUGUUGUCACGAUCUGGUAUGGCUCCACCAUCUUCCUAUAUGUCAAGCCAGAAGCCCAGAACUCCACAGAUCUAAAAAAAAUCGUGACUACCCUUAACACAAUUGUAACUCCUUUGCUGAACCCCUUCAUUUACACUUUCAGAAACAAAGAAGUGAAGCAAGCUCUGCGGCGGGCUUUCCAGAAGAAGUGA